AUGGUGUUCGCAUUUUGGAAGGUCUUUCUAAUCUUCAACUGUCUAAUAGGUCAAGUUCGAGUGGUACAAGUGACCAUCCCAGAAAAUUUUGUGAAUGUGACCACUGGAUCUAAUGCCACCCUUCUCUGUCUCUACGCCACCACCGUGCCCUCGCGGGAAAAGCUUACCAUCCAGUGGUCUUUCUUCCAUAACAAGGAAUUGGAGCCAAUUUCUCACAACUCGUGCCUCAAUACUGAGGGUAUGGAGGAAAAGGCAGUCAGUCAGUGUCUAAAAGUGGCGCAUGCACGAGACGCUCGGGGAAGAUGUAGCUGGACUUCUCAGAUUUAUUAUUCUGAAGGUGGACAAGCUGCAGCCAUCGGGCAAUUUAAAGGUCGAAUUAUAGCCGCGAGCAAUCCAGGCAAUGCGUCCAUCACGAUAUCCAACAUGCAGCCGGCGGACAGUGGGAUUUAUAUCUGUGAUGUAAACAACCCCCCGGACUUCGUCGGUGUAAACCAAGGCACCCUCAAUGUCAGCGUGUUAGUCAAACCUUCCAAACCCCUUUGUAGCAUCCAAGGACGACCGGAAACCGGACAUGCAAUUUCUCUUUCUUGCGUCUCUACACUUGGAACGCCUUCCCCUGUGUACUAUUGGUAUAAAGUUGAGGGAGCAAACGUCGUUCCAGUGAAAGAAAGCUUCAACCCUAGCACUGGCAUUUUGGAUAUCGGAAACCUGACAAACUUUGAACAAGGUUAUUACCAGUGCACUGCUAUGAACCUUCUUGGCAACAGUUCCUGUGAAAUUGAUCUAACCUCUUCACAUCCUGAAGUCGGGAUUAUCAUUGGUGCCCUAAUAGGUACCCUGGUCGGUGCUGCCAUCAUUGCUUCCGUGGUGUGCUUCGCAAGAAACAAAUCAAAGGCAAAGGACAGGAAGAGAAAUUCAAAAGCCACCACAGAGCUUGAACCAAUGACCAAAAAAUCCCAACGUGCCGAAACUGAAGCCAUGCCAACUGAGGAUGUGGUUCAGCUAGAAUCAACUCUGCCAUCUUCCACUCAUGCCACUAACCCUGCUUCCAUCAUGGAGCCAGACAAUGUCCCUGCCUCGGGACCAGAAUCUGCCCUGGGACAGGGACCGGUUCUGGAUCCUGAGCUUGAGAUAGAACUGGCACCAGAAUCACAACCAGAGUCAGAGCCUGGGAUUUUAAUUGAAUCCCAGCAAGAUGAUAAAAAGCGAGUGGUUAAGGCAUAGAUUUGUGCCCAAGGUACGCCAUUUGUGAUGACAAGGGAACCCAUUACUGUUGUUUGCAAUUCAUUUGACCUAACCCGUCCCCAUCCUUUGUCGGUUCUGAACAACCCUCUUCUAACAAGGUGCUCAUUUUUACCCUGAUUCUAAAGCAAAUCGGUCAAUAUAAUAACUAAAUAAGUGCAAGGGUUCUGGCAUCACUAGUGUAGAAUACUGACCAUUGUGAACUAACACAGAUGCAUUACACAUGAUAAAGCAAGUGAUUUCUUACUCGGUUAAAAGAAUUUUGCAUCAGCAUCCAAGUUACAUUUCAGAAAACCUUAUUUUUCUUUUUUUAAGCUAUAAUUCAUUAUGUUCCACAAAUGUGCAUAGCAAGGUGGUGUUAAUGAAAUUCAAUAUUACUAAGAUUCUUCUCAGGCUUCCCUACUCAUUUAUACACUUACCACUGAGAGAACUCAACAGCUUUAUCUCAUGGAUCAGAAAAAGCUUCUCAAAACCAGCAGAGAACAAUAUGUAAAGGGUACCUGUCAACUGAUGCACAGCAUUUAAAACAAGGUCUGAGAAAUGACAUUUCAUUUGUCAUGCUAGAUUUUCCAAGCAGUCCCAUUCAUAUUCAAUAUUUGAGCAUAGCGAGUUCCAAAAGACCAAAUUUCAAAGGCUGAAUAAUGCAGAGGUAACUUAUUUUUAAUAUAAUUUUCCUGCAGUGGAUGCAAAGUGUUGGUAUCACAGGUGAUAUAGAAUUUAGUUUGCAAUAAGCUGUUGUUAUCCAUUUUGUGUCUGAUCUUAUCAGCUUUGAAGAAGACCAGGAAAGUGUUCUAAAUGAACAUGUAAGAAUUAUUUUAGAUCAUCUCAACUAUUUAAAUAAUCUGUCACUGUUGGUACCCUCCCCAUUAAUAGAGAGAACAUUUUGCUAUGAACACUAAAUAUUAACUGCAAUGCAUUGAUAUCACCUCUGCACCUGUUUAAGUCUGUUCAUGAUUGCAUUUCACCCUCACCCCAUCUUGAAGACAUUUUCAGAUAGACUUACUUUUUUCACUUGUGUAAUCAAUCCUGUUUUAGGGCUUAAUAAAUAAGGCU